AUGGCAUUACCACCACCAUUAUCAGCGAAAGAUGAAAAAUCAUUUGCAUAUGAAACAAUUAAGGAUCGUCUUCCAUUAAUUGUUACACGUAUUGUCGAUUUUCUUGCUCGACAUCGAACAAAUUUUGCAAAACAAUAUGGUGAAGACGCUGAAAAUGAAUGUAAAUCAUGUAUUAGUGCAAUGGAUAAAUUACGUUAUGAGAUUGCUCGUGAUAAACCGAUUUUAUUAUUGAAUGAUAAUCAUACCGAUGAUAUACAUAUAUGGAAUGAAUAUCUUCAAAAAGAAAUGGAUCAAGGUAAAGUAAUUAGUUGGUUUCAAAGUAAUUGGCUUCUUGUUGAAUGUUAUAUGUAUCGAAAGAUAGCUGAAGCAUUUAAUCUUACUGCUCAUCUUCAACAUGUCGAUCCAUUUAUUGAAAUGAAACAACAUACUUUUUAUUCAUCUGUACAAGCUAUCGAUGUUGUUCUUGCUCAAUUAAAUAUAGAUAUUGAACAAACAACAGAUCCGGUGAAUAAUAAAUCAACAAUCGAACAGCAAUUUUAUAAUUAUAUGGAAAUUUCUCUCUGGGGUAAUCAAUGCGAUUUAUCAUUAUCAGGAGGUGCUAAUCGUUCACAAGAACAUGAUCCAUUUCAUCAAAUAACUGAACUUAAAACUCAUAUAUUAAUCAAUCAUGAAACAUCACUUUUUAAUUAUCUUUAUGAUCAACAAGCAUAUUUAUUAAAUUUUGAUGUUUGUAUUGAUUUUGUUCUUGAUAAUGCAGGAUUUGAACUUUUAACGGAUUUAUGUUUUGCUGAUUUUCUUAUAUCAAAACGUUUAUGUUCACGUAUAACAUUACAUUUAAAAUGUUUUCCAUGGUUUGUAUCCGAUGCAACUAAAACUGAUUUUGAUUGGUUAUUAGAACAAUUAUCUAAUUCAUCAUCAAAUUCAGUCUGGCAAAUAGCAUCGAAACGAUGGCAACAACAUAUUCAAAAUGGUCAAUGGAUUAUUCAAACACAUCGAUUUUUUACAUUACCAUAUGAUUAUUCAUAUAUGCAACAAAUUUCAUCUGAACUUUAUUGUACAAUGUCACAAUCAAAAUUAAUUAUAUUUAAAGGUGAUUUAAAUUAUCGAAAAUUAGUUGGUGAUUUACGUUGGCCAUUAAAUGAACGAUUUGAAACAGCAUUACGUGGUUUUCAACCAACAUCAUUCGUUGUUUUACGAACAUGUAAAGCAGAUGUACAAGUCGAUAUAGAUCUUAAAGUAGGACAAGAAAUAACUAAAAUUGAUCCAAGAUGGAUGGUAAAUGGAAAAUGGGCAGUUAUACAAGCAUUUUUUAAAAAACAAACCGAAAAAGAUAUUUAA